AUGGAUAAUCGAGAAACUGGACUUGGCCGCGAGGAAUCGGGAAUUCGCCGCAACAACCCACAGGUGUCUUCUGCUCUUGUCACUGUCGGCCAAAAUAGGAAGCUCCGAGACCCUAGGCUUCCUCAUGCAUCUUCACAAAAAGAAGAUCUUCCUCUUGCAUCUUCACAAAAAGAAGAUCCAAAGCUUGCAGAGAUAAGACAUAAGUUCUUCACUGUGUUCCCUCUAGUGGCGUCACUAUAUUACCAAACCAAAGGUAAGAGAGAUUGGAGUUGGAGGUGGCUAGAUAUUACGCUUUCUAUCAUCAGAGCUGUCAUGCACGGAACAGAAGAGGAGAAGCUAGCGGCUAGAGCUAGCGUGAACACGCUCAAGACCUUGUGUGAUGAUAACAAGACCAUCAGAAUUAUGGAAAAGGGUGUCCUGCAUGUGGAGCAGAGAGUCAAGAAAGGUCAGGCUGACAAGAUUGAGUUGGAGAGCAAGAUAAACGAGAAGAAAGUAGCGAUCACGGAGAAAGAGGACGCCCUGAGCAAGCUGAAACAACAAACGGAGGUGCUUGUGUCCGCACUGAAGAAGAUGAAAGAAGAAGCUGAAACAUCUGAGACAUGUUUGAUCAGGUUGAAGAAUGAGAAACAAGCUAUGGAAGGAAGAUUGGACAGACUAAAACACAAGAAGUAUCAUCUUGAGUUUGACCAAAUUGUGAGAACAUAA